AUGUCACUUCCCUUCCGGACCAGCGACGGCGCUGGCUCCGAAAUUAAGACAGGAAGAAGCGGCGCACGUUUCCGGUCUCUAUGGUUUCCUAUGCGUCCGGCUUUCUCUCUCCGGCGGUCCUCCAGGGUAUGGGGCGCUAGCGUGAGGAACGCAUGGCAAGGGGCUAGAGAGGCAGGCUUUGGGGUUGCCGGGGAGCCCCGGGAGGCCGACUUCCGCUUCCGCAUACUGAGGCACGAGGAUUCGGUGUUCCAACCCAGCGGGAAAAUGAGGCCUUUGACUGAAGAGGAGACCCGUGUCAUGUUUGAGAAAAUCGCGAAAUAUAUAGGGGAGAAUCUUCAACUGCUGGUGGACAGGCCCGACGGCACCUACUGUUUUCGGCUGCACAACGACCGGGUGUACUACGUUAGUGAGAAGAUCCUGAAGCUGGCUGCCAAUAUCUCCGGGGACAAGUUGGUGUCGCUGGGGACCUGCUUCGGAAAAUUCACUAAGACCCACAGAUUUCGGUUGCACAUCACAGCUCUGGAUUACCUUGCACCUUAUGCCAAGGGUUUUGGAGUGGCAGCAAAAUCUACACAAGACUGCAGGAAAGUAGACCCCAUGGCAAUUGUGGUAUUUCAUCAAGCAGACAUUGGGGAAUAUGUGCGACAUGAAGAGACACUGACUUAAAACAGAGUCAUUGCAAGGACUCAGGUUGUGUGGAAGGACCGAACUUUGUUUCCUUUGUGUAGAACCAUCAUGUUGAGUUUUGUCAACACUGCGACCUCUUCAACAGUUUCUUUAGUUUUAUAGUCACUCUGUCACUGACAUAUGCAGACUGGAUUCAUACACAGAAAUGGGGUUUCAGAUCUUUAUUGAUGUGUAUCUAGAGUACAUUGUUUCAUAUUUGAAUCAGAGGGCUUCUUGUUCUGAGUAACAGGUUUUAUAUCAUUGGAACUAAGGACAAGAAUAGCUUAUUGUUAUCUGUGAUAACAGUUUGUUUUCCAAGCUCAUGAUAAGCACACAGUGGAUUUUCUCUGUUAUUAAAAUCAUGAAAAAUAGGUCUUGCCAUAUCAGAAUAGUAGGCCAUAUCUGAGAUUUUACAAAUUAAGAGCAACUUAUUUCCUAUACAGUAAAUGUUGUGGUAUGGAAGGAAAAGGUGGGUCCAGGACAACCCCCUUGGGUUCCCUCCCACUGUGGGUACUUUUCUGUCCUCUCAUUAAAUCCUGCUUUUAAAAAAAU